CGCCUCGCGUCGCAAGCGCCGGUCUGGAAGAAAAUCGGAAAAUCGUCCAUACCACGCCCUACUUUAUUAUCAUCGUGGAACAAAAGUAUGUUUAUUACGAGAACCAGAUAAUCAAAGUGUUUUUAUUAAAAUAUAACCAAAAAAUAACAAAAUUUUGUAGUGUUUUUCCGGAUUUAUAAAAAUACGCGAUUGUAACCAAUUAAUUCAGUUGUUUUCUACUAACGAGAAUACCUUUUGUGAAAAUCCGUUAAAAUAUUAAUUAAAGUGACAGUGUUAUAAAUAAAUAAGAAGUGUGCUGUAAUAAUGGCUGCGGGGGAUGUAACGCGCCGUGCCUCCAUCACAGCGCCGUCUAUGCACCGACGUCCUUCGGCCAGACGUGGAUCACUCAUUAAAGGAUCUCAGCCUUCAGCAUCACAGGAGGUGCCAUGGGACAUCAUCGACCGAUGCGCGCUCCCAAUAGUGCUGUGCCACGCACUCGCCGUAGUGAUGUCCGCUCUGCUAAACGCGAUGCACAUCAGCCAAAUAUCAGUAUUCACGUUGUUCCUGUGGUUCGCAAUAUCAGUCACCGGAUCGCUUUGGUUCUAUCACAACCUCCAGGUCACAGCCGCAGGUAAAGCUGUAUUGGUAACUGGAUGCGACAAUGUCCUAGGAAACGCGCUAGCCAGAAGGCUGGAUGACCUUGGAUAUCACGUCUUCGCAGGUUUCCAGAACAAAGCUGGAAACAUAGACGCUGAUAUGCUCAAAGAAGACUGCUCUGGUAGACUGCACACACUUCAAUUGGAUAUCACUUCAGAAUCGCAGAUUCUCUCGGCUUCGUUGUAUAUCGUUGACCACUUGCCAGAGGGCGCUCAAGGUUUGUGGGCCAUCGUCAACUGCGAGUCCUGGUGUGCGCUCGGUGAACUAGAAUGGGUGCCGUUCUCGGUGAUCCGCCGAGCUAUGGAGGUCAACCUGUUAGGACCGGCUCGCCUCGUUCAAGUGAUGCUGCCGCUAGUGCGACGGUCGCGGGGCCGCGUCGUUUUGGCGUCGUCGAUCUUGACGCACGUGGCUGCGCCGGUGCGGGGCGUUCAUGCCGCUUCACUCGCCGCCCUUGACGCACUCGCCGCGUGCCUACGCCGUGAACUCAAACCACGAGGCGUUGACGUCGUGGUCGUUGCGGCCGGCGAAUAUACAACGGGUAACGCAUGGCUCUCCGAGGAGAAACUUCUGGAACAAGCCCGUGAUAUGUGGAAACGACUUAGCGACGAACAAAAGGGCGCCUACGGAGAAGACUACUUCGAGCAAGCACUCCGCAGCCUAGAAAAAUAUACUAAGAGUGCCGACGCUGACCUGACUGCGGUGACUCGGGCCCUGAGUGACGGCGUGACCCGGACCUUCCCUCUCUCCCGCUACACGCCGGUCUCCCCUCGCGAAAAACUCAAGUCAUUGUUAGCGGAACAUAUGCCUCGCUCCCUAUACGAAGGCCUUUAUGCCGAUUAAAUGGAAGAAAUAUAAAGAAACAGGAUUGCCUUCGAUGAUCUUCGAAGCGCCUUUGUAAGCUAACUGUGCACAACCGUCGAUACAAAGAUCGACGAUAGGAGAUAAUUCAUGUAACAUACUUUGAAGUUAUUUGUUUUUGAGAAAAAGUAGGGCUUGCGUAUGCUGUAUUAUUCUCUCCCACGCAUAUAAUGUCAAACUUUGUCUACGUAAAUUAUCUCUUUUCAUUGACCGCUGUACGAAGGCCUUUAUGCCGAUUAAAUGAAAGCAACAAGAGUGUCUUCGAUGAUCUUCGAAGCGCCAUUGUAAGCCAGCAAUGCACAACCGUCCAUACUAAGGUCGACAAAAUCAAUCUAUCUUUACUAGAUAUACAAAGAGCGAGAAAAUUAAUGUUAAACAAACUACGACGUUAUUUGAUCGCGAGAAAAAAUAACACUAAUUUUAACUUCAUAUUUUUCUCUCUAACAAAUAACUUCAAGCUUUGUGUACAUAAAAUAUGUAUUUUUGUUUGUUGGCCGGAAUUUAUAUUGACUGUUGUUACGAUCAGGUCUUCCAUCGAAUUAGAAAACGAAUACUUAUGUUGGAAUCCAUUCAUCGUAGUCAAAAGAAAUACUUACCCCUAACCAUAAGCAAUAUUUAACCCUAUCAAUUUAGUCUAUUCUGGAGGUUUUACUAUGUGUAGAAUGGACACUAUUUAAUGGCUUAGUAGAUAGUUCGGCGCUGAGGAAAUAAACAUAGAAUGCAAAAAUCUUGCAGUAAAAAAAACAUUAUUUUAUGCGACGCUGUUUUUAGCCCAACAUCUUCAUACAAGCGAAACACUAUGCUUGUGAUACUUAAUUGCUGUAAUAAAUUCUACUGAAACGCUGUUUAGAACGAGUUUAGGUUCUCGUGUGCAAAAUGAGGCCAACUCGCAGUUGCUGAAGCCUGCAUGAAUUAUGUAAGCUUUUAAGGUCGAGUAAGUUUUCUGAUCAUUUAUGCAAGUUCCUCUCACUUGAACACGUUCCCAGCAUCUCUUUUAAGUGGAAGAUUAUAGAUAACGUCACAUUAAACCGAUUCGCCCUCUUAAAUACGAUAUCUCUCCAAGGGUACUCUACAAUUUUUAUUUAAAAAUGAGCGAUCGUAUGUUUCUAAUUUUUAUUCGGUAUUUUUAUUUUUUAUUUCAUAAUUGGUUCGAAAGGUACUGAAGUAUUUUGUGGGGUUGAGUAUUCGCUUUCAGAUAUAACAUGAUUCCGAAGAUAAUUUUGUUUUAACUGAAAUGUGUUAAAACACAUUUCAGUGGAAAUUCUGACUAUCUUCCGAAGGCUCUUGUCAUUGGACAAAAGCAAAUGACACGCGACAGUUUAACUUUUAACUAAAUAAUAUUACAGUAGUAAAAUAUAACAUUAAAGUUGGUUUUAUAUGCAUUUUAUAACCCAUAAUCAACGAAAUAUUGUAGAGUUUUCAACUCGUGUUUUGCUUUUUUAAAUCCAACUUAGUUUUUCGGUUAACAACUUUGAACAAUUCUAUUUAAUUGUUGAAUGAAUAUGUUAAACUUUUGCUUUUUGUAGAUUAUUAAUGAAGUCAAAUAUAUUUAAAUAGGCACAAAAGCUAAGCAAAUCAUAAAAGGAAUCAAUCUACAAUUAGAUGUUAUGGUUGUGAAUUUAUUUGUCUUGUCACUCACACAUGUUUGCGAUAUUUUGGCCAAAGCGUUGGAUACUUAAAGCCUUAGUAUUCUAUAGCAUACCAAUGUGCAGAUACAUAAAGCAGAAGGUUAUGAUAUAUGUGUACUUACAGAGAACUUUCCGUACAUAUCCGUCUAGUAUUAGCAAUCAUAACAUAUAUAUAAUAACUACUAAUAUAAACCAUGUCACAUAUUCAUGUCUGGUCAAUCCACCCACUAUAUCCAUGUCUAGACAUACGCGAACUGUAUUUUAGACACUAACUAUCCAAUGGAGUUAUUACAUUGAAAAAGGCAGAGUAUUUUAGGAUACGAUCAUUAUUCGAAUAGGAGGUCUCACUCCUACCAUGAUAAAUGAAUACGAGUAACAUCGCUAAACAUGUAAAAA